AUGGUCUGUGUCUUUGCAUUUAUGCUCAUUUCGUCAAGUGUGAACACGCAUCUAAAUCGUAUGGUUGUCGUGUCCAAUGAUCCGUUAAUUGAGGACUAUUAUGUUUACGAUGCUGUAAAUACUGACUUCUAUGUUCCUCACUUCUCCGAGGAUCUCACAAUUGCUGAAAUCAAAACUGACAGCCCCGGUACAUACUCUACGAUGUAUUGCUCAGUCAACAUGGGGGUCCAAACGAUAAGGGAAAAAAUUACUCGUUCGAGAUUAAAUAUUACUGGAGCUCACAUGAAUAUCCACGCCGCAGAAAGACGGCAGAAUCACGAUUGUUUAGCCGAGAUUGGAAUUAAGAAGCGGAAAUCAGAAUCCCUAGAUCAAAAUAAACGAGUGAAAUUAAUAGAUAUGGUCUCUUUAUCAGAUCUCGACGAAAGAAUGUGUCCGCCGGUUACGGUGGCUACCCUUUCUUUAAUGUACCAAAUCGCAGUAUAUGGAGAGUACAGUUCUUUUGCCCCAAGGAAACAUAUUCAAAAAGUUUAUGUCAGAGCUGAUAAAGCGCUUGAGCUGGCGAAAUUAGUACACGAUCGUCAAAUUUUCCUAGGCAAGCAUUGGACACAAAAUAAAGUGGCUCUAAUCUGGUAUCUCGGAAACCUUCACUUAAUAAAGCAAAGGGAGCUCGGGUGGUAUUUUUUAACCAGUUUAGACCAUCAACCAUUUAACGGAGCCUUGAUUUAUUUCUACAUGCUUGGAAUUGAACCUGAAAUAUGGAAUGAAAGUCAUCAACUGUUCAUCGAAAUAAAACGACGGUUAAAAUCUCACCAACACAGAAACUAUUUCCAUGAGGUACUUAACCAGAAAAGUUUACCCGAAGCAUCCAGACAAGCACCGAGUAAUAUGUUGAAGAUUACUGCAGCGAGGCUCAAACCGACUCCCGCAUACGGCACCUUCGGUUUUUUAUCGUCAUAA